GCACUGGCCAACGUCACUCACCAGGAAGUGAACGGAGAGGAGCUUCAAGCGAAAUCACAACAGAGCUAAUAAAGCUUUGACAGCUCUGUUUCGUGGUGUCGGAACACGCUGUUGUUUAGUUAUCACUGAGAACGGAUAUGUCACGAAAAGCCAAAGAUGAAUAUUACCGUUUUUUUAGCGUCACCGACACACGCACGCACGAGAAGGGACACACGGAGUACAAAGUGACAGCAAGGGUUGGUUUACACUCUUCAUCUUUCCUCUGCAACAACACAAACUUAUCAUGUUAUGUUGAGUAUUUAAGUGCUAGUUUACCUUCGUAUAAAUACGCUCUGAAAUGCAUUAAGGAUAGAUUAUUCAUUGGUGACAACAAUCAAAAGUAGUAUUUACUUGACAGAGCAGUGUGUCAUUUCUUCCUUUAAAUACACAAACGCCCUGCAGCUGCCUUUGACAGAUCAAUACACAAUGAGCCUUUUAUGUGAUGCAGUGGUGCAUAAUGGGAUCUGAAGUGAAGCCCAGAGAACUUGUGAUUCAGUCUCUUGGCUCCGGUACCCCAUGACAAGACCGUUAUCUCGUGAUCCGGAUUGGCAUGCAUGCCAAAUCCUUGAGGAUAAUAUCUUCAUAGUCCUAAACCUUCUCCCACCUGUAUGUUAACAACCAAAUACACUUUCAAGGGGUAAAAGCUAAUUUAACACCUGCUGUUUCAAAUGCAUUCAAUUAAUGAAGUCCUUUUUGUUCAUUUGUUUUUUUUAGUUUGUGUCCAAGCGUCAUCCUGAGGAUGUGAAGGAGGUGGUCGUGUGGAGGAGGUUCUCAGAGCUGAAGAAGCUCCACGGGGAGUUGGCCUACACUCACAAGAACCUGUUCAGAAGACAAGAGGAGUUUCCGCCUUUCCCUCGCGCGCAAGUCUUUGGUAUGGUGGACCAAUCGCAAAGUCACAAAGUGCAAAGACAAGUUAUUUCAGUGCCGCAGGGCAAAUCGAUUGACAGUAUGGAUGGUUCAAAAAUGUUAAAGUGAAACUGCUCUCUCUGUUGAGUUGUCAAGAGUGUCAUCACUCUUGUGACAUUUCCCCUUGGUGUCUUGCAUAUUUGUUUUGUAGUCACAAAUUCACAACUGCUAAGGCAGCGACAGCAGCAAGUUGAAUGAAACCACAGGAGAAAAGCUCUUAUAUUGAGUUCCAAGCAUAGACUGUAUAUACUAUGGACAACUUGGUUCCACCUUCUGCCAGUAUACAGAUUUCAAGACGAAAAGCUCUCGGUUUUUCCGUGUUUUUUCUUCAUUUCCUGAAACCAACAUUGCGCAGUAGCAUUGUACCCACUUCACCACUUGCACAGUAGUGUUAUACACAUUUAGCCGGAGAGCCGUCGUGAGGACGCUCAGCUCAAACAGUGUAUCCCCAAUCUUCGUACACCCAUUGGCUGUAUCAGGUGUCAAUCAUAGAAAACAUGAACCCCCUAAUAACUUUAAAAAAAACAGAGCUGUACAGAAAAAAAGAGGACUUGAGCCCAAACCAGUCCAACAGUGACUACAUGUCAACAUCGCAAGCUGAGGGGAGAAAAAAUUAUAUUCUGUUCUCUUGUAUUUGUCCUGAUAUUGUUUGUCUUUGUUUCAGGGAGGUUUGAUGAAGCUGUGAUUGAGGAGAGGAGGAAGGCUACAGAGGCCAUGCUUCUGUUUACUACCAGCAUACCUGCACUCUACAACAGCCCGCAGCUUAAAGACUUCUUUAGAGUAAGGCAUACUCAUUCAUGGACCAACUAACAGAUUUGUUAGUGGCAUUUUGGUGUCGUUAUCUCGAUUUCUUUUUUGUUUUUCUCAAUCCUCCUCUUCUUUCUCCUCCUAUCUUCUCUCAGGGUGGUGAAGUCACAAGACCACUAGAUCCAACCCCUUUGUCCUCUGAGGGAGCUCUGCCUCCACCUCUCAUCCCCCUUCCCAAGCGGAGGGCGUCUGACUGUGAACCCGCAGAGGAGGAGGAAGGGAGGGAGGCUCCAACCUUACCACAAGACCUAGGCACAAAUGUCGGAUUAGAGGUAGGAGAGCCUGAGGUUGCAGCUGAGGCUUACAGCGAGAUGGGAGGCUCCCCGAGAGAAGAAGAGCAAGAGGAUCUUAGGGACACAGAGCUGGACGACAGAGGUACAGUAUGACACCUUAGAAUAGAAGUCUAUUGUUUUCUUCUUCUUGACAUAUUGGUCCAUGUUUUCCACAACAGUUCCAUCCCCAGUGAGGAACUACGAAUCACGUGAGGCCCAGGAAGAGUUUGAUUCCUUGUUUGACUCGGUGGUAGAGGAGCAAGUCCAAUCCCCGAAAGAGGAAGUUCCACCUCCAUUGUCUGACAACGACUUAGCUGUCUUUGAUCCCUGCUAUAAACAAGGUGAAAAACAAGGUCACUGCAGGUAGAUUUUUUUAGUAUAUGUUUGGAUACAAUAAGAAAUGAGACAGUACAAUCUGAUAAAAUACAAUGAACUUUACAAGACAAAUUGCUGUCCUGUUGGUGAUUUUUUUUUUUUGGGUUUGAAUCCCCAAGAAAUUCUUUGAUUCAUGUUGGACAUAUUGGUUCAAGCUUAGGCUGACACUUAUACAUGAUAAUCUGAUGCAGUUGAUCAUAACCCCAUAGUGUCAAAAUAACAUAGCAAUAAAAGUAAACCUCUCUCUGACUCAUAUCCUUCUCCAGAACUAGUUAAUGAUUAAGCUAUAGGCUCAAUUACAAAUGCUUAAAGUUCGGUGACUGUGAAAUCAGUGUGAUUUAUUAUAUUAUAGUUACAAACCCAUUAAGAGUUCAAAACAGAAGACAUGUCCGGACCAUAGGCUGUUUAUGGUUUGGACCAAAUAAAGUUUAAGUUGCAUAGCUAGAAAGUGCACUCUUAUGAGAUUGUUUAUGAGUUGUAUGUGUCUUCACAAGGUAGCGUGGCCGAGCGGUCUAAGGCGCUGGAUUAAGGCUCCAGUCUCUUCGGGGGCGUGGGUUCGAAUCCCACCGCUGCCAAGUAGUCUUUUCAAGUGGUCUGGACAGUGUAUGUUUGUAUCUAAACAUGUCUGAAGACAGUAUAGUCCUUCAGAAAAUGUGAUCACAGAGGUGGAUUUACCUGGUUGCCAUAGUGAUGGUAGUGUUAUCUUACACUCAGAGACGCUGUUCCUCAGCUAAGGUACACUGUAAGAAUAAUACUUGGAUAAAAGCAGAUCACAUACUUUAACAUAAAUUCUCUGUGUUUCAGAUUAGAUGAACUUUAAUGACAUAUUUAAUGAAAUGAGACCAAAAAUAGGAUGUUUCACAUUCUUUGAAAAGUUAAUUACAAAGAAACGGGGCUGCAGCAGUACUGUGGUUGACACAUGGCCAUCCUCUUUCUAUAGGAACAACAAUCUUAAAGGGACAUUCCGGUGUAAAAUUAAUUUAGGGUCAAACACACUGUAACACAGUAACACAGAGUAAGACACCCCCUCAAGAGAUGAAUGUUGCAGACUGCUUACUUCUCUAGUUAUACCAACUAUCGUAACGACCGCACAUUAGCAAUACACAGUGGUCUCAGGAGCCAUACACAGACCUCAACUAAAACGCCACUCUAUAGCCACAAAUAAUGCUCAGAACAGCAACUAACUUCAUCAACAGUUCAGGGUCCUAGCCAUGGUAUUAGCCACCAAACAUCUUUUUAACUUUGCCUAAUUCAUUAGCAAAGAGACUAAAAUCAACCUACUCUCUUCCAGCAGCCGCUUGUUUGCAAGACCUCGGGCCAAUCCAUCACAGACAUGUUCUUCCUUGAGCUGCGUCACCCUGCAGCAGUCUGUGAUGGACUGGCCCGAGGUCUACAAACAAGCGGCUGCUGGAAGAGAGUAGGUGAAUUGUGUUUAGUCUCUUUGCUAAAGAAAUUAGGCAAAGUUAAAACGAUGUUUGAUGGCUAGUGCUGUGGCUGGGACCCUAUAUGUACUGUUUAUGAAGUUAGGUGCUGUUCUGAGCAUUAUUUGGGACUAUAGAGUGGCAUUUGGUUGAGGUUUGUGCGUGGAGACCUAGACCACGUGUAUUGCUAUCGUGCGGUCGUUUCUAAAGUUGGUUAAACUGGAGAAGCAAGCAGUCGGCAACAUUCAUCUCUGGAGGGGAGUGUCUAACUUGGUGUUACAGCGUGUUUGACCCUUAAAUCAAUUUAACGCCGGAAUAUCCCUUUAAGUUACCUGCAUUUUCUUUUUCCUAUCUUUCAAUCUUUUUCAACCCAUUUUUUUCCCGUUGUGCUGCAUACCUGUAAUCAUUCUCCACUUUAUUAGUUUUCAGACUUGUGGUGUGAGCCUAGUGUAAAGCACUGUGUAAGGACUUAAGUAUUAAGAAUUGUGUGUUUGCAUUCCUCUGUUAAGCAGUAAAAUCUUCAAAUGUGUUCUCUGUAUAGCUGAUUCUCGGGAACAGAAACUGUCACACAGAGACUCACUUGGAAAUACUUCCUUUUUCUCCAUUUCAGGUGAAUCCAGAUCCCCCUGUGACUACUCAGAGUUGUUCUCUUUGCCGCCAACCAGCUUGGAUGGGGGAGACGUGGGUUACCUGAACCAAGCUGCCAAAGAGCUAACUGUUGCUAUGGAGCAGGAGGAGAAGGGAGAAUUGAGCUCUGCCAUUCGUGGUUACAGGACGGCGGUGGAUAUACUGAUCACUGGAGUAAAGGGUGAGAUGGUGAACUGAGUAAAAAGGGCAAAGAGACCGUCAGAAAAUCAAUUUACUAAGUUUUCAGAUAAAUAAGACUCAAAUCAAAAAUAAGGGGAAAGGUACAACUGAUGUUUUGUGAUGUUUUUAUCUUAUUUACAAUCCUGAAUGUGAACCAAAACACUCAGUCAAUUUCGCUUGGCAUUUUAUCCGAAUGCUCUCUGACAUGACUAUUACGACGUGAACAAGAGCCAGCUUUGUUGCUAUAGUGACAGACCAUGAGCUCAUUGCAAAAGACAAGCUCCAAAUGCAGAAUGGACAGUUUAUCAGCACAAAUGAUACUGCGCAUUUAACCAUGAUGACUGGUUAUCUCUGCGCAACAUACCAAUAUGCUGCUCACACAAGAUACUACACAAAUAACCGCAUGAUAUACACACUGCACAGCAGAGCGUGUGUGGUAUGUGACCUCAUGGAAACUCCCCCCCCUGCUAUUCCGUCCUGGUAUUUACUGUCCUGCUUUAGCUCAAUGUUGAGCCAUAAUUCUCUCGUGUCACUAAUGGAUGAGUCAUUAGGUCAGUGUUGUUUUCUCUCUUCAUUGAGUAGCUAUUUGCAAGGGUAGCGUGGCCGAGCGGUCUAAGGCGCUGGAUUAAGGCUCCAGUCUCUUCGGGGGCGUGGGUUCGAAUCCCACCGCUGCCAGAAAGGUUUUUCACCCCUCAUGUGCUCACUUGGGGUCUUCUACAGCUAUGGGAUAUCGAAUAUGUCUCAGUGUUCUUGGUGUUAUGAGAAUGCUUGUCAUUCUCAGUUAAAAAGAUAUACUGAUCAUUCAUGAAAAAAGUUCUAUUCGCACUCCAAUGGCUCUUUUGUAAUCUUGUCUCAGAGGGUGACUUAUCCAGUACUUAGACUAUAUGCAGUGUGUGCAGAUAUGGAGGGAAAAUGUAAACUGUAUUUUAGCGUCAUAUGAAUAUCAAGAAGAGACCGUAACUGAGUGUGAUGUUUUCCCCUCUUGUAUUGAUCCACCCAGUCCGUCAGACUGAACUCUGUCCUCUUCUUUGUUGCAUGGCUGUCUGAUCUGAGGCACUUUUUUUUUCUACUGGUAAGGAAAGAAUAUAAUCCUUCGCCUCUUUCACACAGUACUGUCCCAGAAUUGGGAUUCCCCUCCUUGCCAGGCAAAUUUGUAUUCAAUGCAAUAAACCAUAAAGUAAAAAGUAAACUGAUAUUGAAAAUACAGAUAUCACAGUACAAAGGGUCUUCUCUGCUCUCAUUUCACCUGAAGAGGGAUUUUUGACUUUGACCUGCUCCCCAGGAGUUCUUAACAGUAACGGAAAAAAUGGAACUCUUGCAAUCAGCUGCAGAGUCCAGCGACAGAACAGAAAGGAAAUUGACACAUUAACUUGAAUGAUUUCGGUCAGCUGUGAUCUGCAGAUACCGCCUUUUCAUAGCCUUUUCCGGAUGCGGUGGAAAUUGGGGGUAAUGGAGUAAGGCUCAGAAGAAAGUAGAGGUCCAAGGUGCUGAAUUACAUCCCCAGUCUAUAGGGGGGAGGAGGGCUCAAAUACUGAUGAUGAUCAUUUCACUGGUGCAGAUUAAACGGAAAUGAUGCUGACACUCACAGAUGGUUCAUACUUUGAUGUAUGCCUCAACUUUUUAGCACAGAUGUUGAACAUUUUGGUAACACUGUACUUGACACCUAUCUCUACAACGCAUUAUAAAUACAUGUAUAAUGCAUAAUAAUCACGUUAUAGCACUGUGUUAUAUCUGUUAACAACUCACUGACAAUGCCCACAUCGAUAAUGCAUUGUACAUAUAUUUAUAAUGUGUUAUAAUUUGCUUAUAAACUUGUAUAACUAUCAUUAUAAACACUCAUUGAUUAUCACAAGGCUUUAAAACAAUAAGCAUAACACAUGAUAAUACCUGACCUUUUAAGUCAUGAUAAAAUUCUUAUGUGUUGUGAUUAUUGCUAUAAAGCAUUAUGAUCAUUUAUGUGUGUUUAUAAGUAUAGUUACACAGUGCUAUAACGUGAUUAUAACACAUUAUACAUACAUUUAUAAUUAUAUGAAAAUAUAAAUAGUUUAUGAGCAGAAAUUCAGAAGGUUUUUGCUCUGCCGUUUCUUUUCUCUUAAUGCCAUGUCAACUUGAAUAAUCACCUUUAUCUCUCUGCCUUUGUGUCUGUCUGCAUGUCUAUCCAGGAGACCCAGACCCGGUGCGGAAAGAGUCUGUGAUGAGAAGGACAGCCCAGUACCUGAAGCACACUGAAAUGUUAGUCGACAGGCACUCCUCGCCUACACACACUCAGACACCUACACACACACAUACACAGGACCCUUAAAUGCACGCACAAACAUUUAUUUUCUCUGUGUGUAACACACAUGAAGGCAGAUCAAAGACACAAGCUCAGGACUGUGACACUCCUACAUACUACAUAUCACUCUGUACACUUGUUCAGUCUGCUGACACUCUUACAUGAAGUGAAAACACUUUGUUGGUCUGGCCACCAUGUUAAAAAACGCUGGCUAAUUCAGGUACCAAACAAGCACACACAGUCCUACAUAAACACACUUGUGAGGUACACACUUGAAAAAUUAAAAAAAUCAAAGUAACCAUAAGCUUGUAAAUUCAUGCAUCACUUACCUCUUUUUAUCUGUUUGUAUCUUACUCUGAUUAAUUAUUGGCCUUCUUUUGACAGUGUUUUAUUGUUGAAUGCAGUAAUUUGUUUGUAUAUCUGUGAUUUGCAUUUUGCACAAAGAAUGUUUUGUUAAUAAAUAAUUUAAAUUUAAGUCUA